UCCUGAACUACACAAAAACUUCCCAUUUCAUAUUUCAUUUCAUUCUUAAAUCAACAAUGGUCGUCCCAAGGAAACAUCGUACAGUUGUUGAAAACAUCUAUCCUUGUGGAAUCUGCAAAGUCAACCCCUACAAAUACAUCUGUCCAAGAUGUAAUCUACGAUACUGCUCUGUGAUAUGUUAUAAGGAUCAGUCUCACACUCAGUGCACAGAGUCAUUCUACAAAGAUUCUGUAAUGAGUGAGCUGCAGUCAAAUCCUACGAUUCAAACAGAGGAUCGAAAAAAUAUGCUUAGGAUCUUGGAUCGGUUCGAGAAACAGGCAAUAGAGGAGGAACAAAGGAUGGACAUGUCAGAGGAAGAGCUGAUGGAAAAUUUGCAGAAUCAAUAUCAUCAUCAUCAACAACAAAAUCAACAAAAACAAGGGCAAGAUCAUGAUAAACAGAGCAGUGCCCCUACUACUACUGGUACUACUGCUACUACCUUGCGGAGGAAACUGACGCAACAGGAGCGAGAUGCGCUAAUCCGCAAGGCAAUUGAGGAAGAGCAGAUCGAAGAACGACGGAAAUGGUCAUUAAAAGAACAUGAACUAGAAGGCGUGGAUACACCAGCCCAUCUCACUGAACAUGAAGAAGAGAUUAAACGAAUGUUGGAGAAAGAACAUCAAGAUUUGAUCGAUAGGUUUCGUGGCGUAGAUCUAGAUAAAGAAUCGUUCGUGAAUAUAUGGGCGCGAUUAAGUUUGGAGGAGCAACAAGAAUUUCAGGAGAUGUUCAUGAUCACAGAACUAAAUAAAGGCGGUACAUCCAAUGAAAGCAUUGGUGAAGAAGGCGAUGGCGAAAUCAACAACGAUACUGGCCAAGAAGAAGAGCAAGAGGCAAGGGAACUGUUGCAAGAGAUGGGAGAGACGCUGCGCAGAGGAGAUGAGAGCCUCAAGAAACGUGAUCGUAGCAGCAACGACAAUAACAACAACAACCCCGCUAUACUAGCAGAGCUAGACGUAGAGGAUUUGCGGGCCAUUCGCGAUGCAGAGAUAUCAGAGUUGAUCCCAAUCUGGCGGCCGUGGUGGGAAAUUGAAGCAGAAAAUACCGGUCAUUUAAAAAAAUCGACAGUUCCGGAUACAGAAGAGAUUACAAACAAAGAAGAGUUUAAACGAUUGAAUGCUGGAUCCAUUCAUGCUACUGCUUCAUCUGAACCUAGUAAUCUAUCCAAUCGGGCGACAAAUAUUCUCACUACCUCAGGAAGAUUUCUGGAGAAGUGGGUGUUGGAUGAAGAAGCCCUUCUGCGUCCUCAUCGUUCCCUUAUUCAAGAUGCUUCCGAACAACAAGACCUAAUGGCCGUCAAGGCAGGAUUACCAAGCUUGAUAAAACCACCUCAUCCUUCAUUGAUUUAUCACAUCAGUGCGCUCAUAUUUGCUUACGCUGCUACCAGUCGAGUGCUGAAUGGUGAUCUCUUAGAAGAACCAGAGCAAACACUUGCAUAUAUUUUUGACCUUUGUCCCUUCUAUUCACCCACCUCAACUAUCCCUACUUCUUCAUCGCUCAAAAAGCGUGCAUCCGUUUCUGUACAACCAACGAUUACGUCAAACGGUGAUUCCUCAGCAAAAUCUGCAGCUGCAGAUGCAGCUGUAGCGCCUUCCACCGAAGCCGCAGCGACAAGGUUGACUACGCCUCAACAAGCGCUGGAGGUGUAUGAUUUUGAAACUACUCUUGCAGUCGUUCAGACAUCUAGUCUUGAUUCGAAGCUUUGGAAAGGCGAUACUCUGCGACUCGAUAUGCUUUCGCUUUUGCUUCAAGACUUGGCAUUACUCCUUACUCAGCCUUCUAGAUGUUUAAGGAGUAUCCGAGAGAUAAAACAGACCUUCGAUCCUAUCAUACAACUAGAGACACAGAUCGAGUCAAAACCAAAGAUAUCGAGGCAACAUCAGCGUGCUGUUAAUGCUGACACGGGUGUCUCAGGUGCACGAACUCCUAAAAUGUUUUCGAAAUCAUGGCUGUUACGUCUGUAUAAGAAACUAGAGUUUUAUGAAUCAUAUUUGCUGUCAGAGGAGUGGUUCCUGAAGACGGACAGGCUUGAUCGGGUGAGGGCGGAAGUGCUUAUGACACAGCUUCGGAUACGACAAGAGAUGGUUGGCUGGACCAAGGAGCUAGAGAGUAUCAGGAAAAUGAUGGAACAACAAAGGAUUGAGAUCCCUAGUCAGGUCAGUCAAGCCAAUAGAGAAUCUAAAACGCUUCUGAGCAGAGAGCAUUUUGGGGACCUUGGCCAAGAGAUCCCCAAUCAUGCAUCGAGUAAUAAGCCGUUGAUUCAGGAACUUCCUUGAUCUGGGCGUAAAAAAAAAGAUAAUAACUAAUAAAGUUUGCG